CGCUCAUGUGUUGAUGUGCUUGUUAGAUUGCCUUAUUUUAAAAACUUUUUACAAGAGAAAGAACAAAAAGAAAAGGGCAAGUUUGCAAGACAUUUGAAAAAAUACGUGUCAAUGUUUGUACCAGACGCUGGUUUUGAAGUCUCUUCGACCAAGCGUUAUACAGGACAAAUGGAGGCAUGCAUCAUUGCUAAUAAGCAUUGGCAAGCUGGUGAAUAUAUAAAGAACUGUACUGGUUCUGUAUGUUGUCUAACAAGUGAAGCAGAUCAGCUGCUGAGAUCAGAGGGAAGGGACUUUAGUGUCAUGCUCUCACAGCGAUAUAAGCAUGCUUUUCUAUUUCUUGGGCCUGCCCGCUUUAUGAAUCAUGAUUGUAACCCUAAUUGUGCCUUUGUUAAACAUGGGAAUGAAGUGACGUUUAGAGCUGUAAGAGCGAUUAAUCCAGGAGAAGAGUUAACAGUAAAAUAUGGCGAUCAUUACUUUGGUAUCAAUAACUCUGAAUGUCGAUGCGCAACCUGUGAAAAGUAA